ACGUGACCGGCUUGUAAACAUUCGAUGGAUGAUAAUAACUUGCUACAUAAUUAAUGUCCUCGAUAACCAGGCUAAUAAUACAAAUAAAAGUAUUUGAUUCAUAUGAUACUAGAGGACAUUUUAAGAUGGCUAAACGACUGGCGUUUAUAUUUGUUGUAAUACAAGCUGCAUCGGCGAUAGAAAGCUUGCGGUUCCUAGCAGUGGGCGACUGGGGUGGCAUGCCAGUAUUCCCCUAUGCUACGCCGAUAGAGACCGCAGUGGCCAAACAGAUGGCCGAGGUCACGGAGGCGUACCAGUCCAGCUUCAACCUCGCCCUUGGCGAUAACUUCUAUACCAACGGUGUCAAAGACGUUAAUGACAAACGGUUUAAAGACACUUUCGAGGAUGUGUACCAUUACCCGUCUUUGGUGAACCCUUGGUAUCUCGUUGCCGGAAACCACGAUCACUACGGAAACGCAUCUGCGCAGAUCGCGUAUUCACAAAAGUCCAAACGAUGGAACUUUCCCAACUUCUACUAUGGCCUAUCUUUCCCCAUCCCUGGCGGCAAGAAGGUGGACAUCAUCAUGAUAGACACGGUCCUUCUCUGCGGCAACACCGGAUAUGACGUCGAAGGUGACCAACCACACGGACCCACAGAUAUCAAGGCGUCGGAUGAUCAAUGGACGUGGCUUGACCUUCAGCUGCAGUCAUCAAAUGCCGAUUAUCUGUUGGUUGCCGGACAUUUCCCGGUGUACUCGAUAGCAGAGCACGGACCUACGGCGUGUCUAGUCCAGCGCCUGAAGCCCAUGUUGUACAAAUACGGCGUGACGGCCUAUUUUUGUGGACACGACCACAGCUUGCAGCACAUAAGCAGUCCGGAGGGUGGACGCACGGUGGACUAUUUCGUUACUGGUACCGGCAAUCUCGUUCAAAACAAUACGGAUCAUCAGAACGAUAUACCUAAAAAUACCCUGAAAUUCAGUUGGGCGGAGCUUGCGGGACUGGGUGGGUUCUCGUAUAUCGAAGCCACGCCCCAAAAUAUGACCAUGACGUUCGUAGAUGGGAGGAAGAAGCCGCUCUAUACAUACACCAUGUUUCCGAGAAAGUAAAGAUACUGUAGAGUACCUGCAAUAACGGAUUGUUUGGUUUUGUUAUCCGAUAUAUUUAUCAUGGCCCUCAUAAUUAGCCGUCGAAAUCCGUUACAGAUUCUAAAUUUACACACUACAAAUCGUACAUUAUGGAUACGGAUUUCUGAGGAUACUUAUCGCUAUUGAUACGAAUGUCUGAGAAAACAUGGAUACCUUAAUGUAUAAAACAGCCGAAUUCGAAAUUAACCGAUAGCCUAGUGGUAGCUGCGCAAAGUCACAAAAUCUUUAAUUUGAUUGUUUUGUGUGUGCAUGGUGUGUAAAUAAUUGAUGUGAACAUUAAGUGCGAGUUUUGUGUGCUUAAUUAUAUGUAAAAUACACUAUUUUUCAUACCGAAACGACUUGAAAAAAAUGAAAUUGAGAGUUAAUGCGUAUUGGUUAUUCAGUUCUUUUUUAAUGAGAGUUAAUGCGUAUUGGUUAUUCAGUUCUUUUUGAUGUUUUAUUAAUCAAUACAGUGAAUAAUACAAUUAAACAAUGUAUCAAAUGUGUAUAAAAGUGUAAUUUAUUUAAAUUAUAUAUCUGGUUUUUAUAACAAAAAAUCAUCACAAAUCUAAAUCUGGAAACGAAACAGAUUAAAAAGUUAUGCUCGAACGCACGACAUUAAGUUUGUAAUCCCUUCAUUAAUCCACUGCACAACAACAGUAAGGGGUAACCGUUGUGUCGCUAAUAAUGUUUGUCGCCUUGAAGAACUUUUUAUAAAUGUACUUGUUUUUUACUGUUUUUUUUACGAACAAUGUCAAAUGAGCGGCGAAAAAUAAUUAUUAUUUUGUUAAAUAUGUAGUAUUAUACGCAUAUAUUUAACCAGGGUGUUGUCACAAUUGUAGGAGUAGUUGUUGUUGUUGUUAUUUUAUAAAGAGCAAGCACUAUAUCGAAAUGUUUACUGGUUUAACACUAACGUCAAAACAUAACAUUAAUAAAUCAGAAAUCUGU